ACAUGGCGGCCUCUGUUUCACCGCUACGCUCCUCCUUCAGGAUUUGUAGCCCGCUAGCGUUACCCCAUCACUGCUGCCGGGCCGAACUGCGGACGCACAGAAAAUGCGAGAGUCAAAGGAGACAUGUUCACCAGUCGGUAACGAGGCACGCCGCUGUGGUGAUUUCGGGGACAGAGUUGGCUCGCCAGCUUCACAGAGAAAUCCAGCGUGAUGUGGAAGAGCUGGUCGCUCAGGGCAACAUGAGACCCCACCUGGGAGUGGUGCUAGUGGGGGACGACCCGGCCAGUCGCACCUACGUCAAGAACAAGACUCGGGCCGCCACCAUCCUGGGUAUCUCCAGUGACACGGUGGUGCGGCCGAGCUUGGUGUCCCAGGAGGAGCUGCUGGAGCUGAUUGACAAGAUGAACCGCGACUGGAGGGUCAGCGGCCUGUUGGUGCAAUUGCCACUUCCCGAGCACAUCAACGAGCGAGCGGUGUGUAACGCCAUCGCUCCGGAGAAGGACGUGGACGGCUUCCACAUCGUGAACAUCGGUAAGCUGUGUCUGGACCAGAGAUCCAUGGUGCCUGCCACACCCGCAGCGGUCUGGGAGAUCAUCAAAAGAGCAGGCAUUGAGACGGUGGGGAAGAAUGUGCUGGUCGCCGGUCGCUCCAAAAAUGUCGGAAUGCCCAUUGCAAUGCUGCUGCACACCGAUCGCAAGCAUGAACGCCCCGGGGGUGACGCCACGGUGACCAUCGCCCACAGAUGCACGCCGAAGGAACAGCUGAAGGAGCUGACCAGCCUGGCUGACAUCAUCAUCGCAGCCGCAGGGGUUCCCGGGCUGAUCACAGCAGACAUGGUGAAGGAGGGCGCGGCAGUCAUCGACGUUGGCAUAAACCGCAUCCAGGUCCCGAACACGGGGAAAAUGCGGCUCAUCGGGGACGUGGACUUUGAGGGAGUGAAGCAGAAGGCAGGUUUCAUCACACCUGUUCCCGGAGGCGUGGGUCCGAUGACCGUCGCCAUGCUGAUGAAGAACACUGUGACCGCGGCCAGAAACGCACUGAUGCAUUAAACACACACACACACACACACACACACACACACACAUUCCUUUUAUCGACUGAUGCUGAGUACAAACAGUGUAUGCAUAUGUACACACAUACUUAUAUCAGUUCAUUUAGUUUUACACACAUUUUAGCAAACAUACUUUCAUUUCAAAAUUCACGAGCUCAAAACUUCAUACCUGCUGGGAAACUUACUUGAUAUGUACUUUGUUUAUACUUUGAAUGUUAUUAUUUAUUUAAUUGAUUAAUUUCAGAGUUCACUUUUUAAGAAUUUAGAUUCAUAUUUUUUCUACUGAAGUUGUUUUGGUUCAUUGUUGAACAUUUCAGAUUCUCUGGAAAAGGAAUAUUAAAUGAAAAACAAUGCUGUGCCAGUACUACCAUCUCUGUCUUUUUUCCCUGAUUUACUGUAGAGAAGGAGAGAUUAUCCUAUUAAGUGAUUUCUCUGCAUGAAGAAUGUUAUGCAUCACACAGUUAUUCCCUGUAAAAAGCCUCGAUGUGAAAAUCACAGAAUGAAAAAGUGAAAAUGAGUCACAUUGUUAUUCUUGAAGGAGAUUAUGUUACCACUUUCUAGAAGGCAUCGUUGCCAAAAGGGUUUAUAAACUGUAAUCAAUGAUUUUACAAACGAUUAAUAAAC